UCAAUCGUUUGUCGUUCGUACAACUACGCACACAUACAAUUACAAUUAAUUUAUUAAAUCGAUCGGCCCAUUGGUUUGUGGCAAUUGGAUGAAAAUUUCGUUGAACCAACGCACGUGUAUAAAUUAGCGUGUUUAACACGCUGCAUUAAAAUGGCAAAAUGUACGUAAAUUAUUGGUAAACUGUAUGCUCGAAUUAUGAACAUUCGUCGGUGACUGGUAUCAGAAGCUUGACUACGCGGCAUCGAUGGUUCUUAGUAUUCACACAUUGGACAGUAUAAAUGAAGACCUUUAUAAUUAAUGAACGGCCGUGGGAUCAUUGUUUCUUAAAGUGUUCUGGCUGCUGUUAUCAUUGUGCUCGCCAGAACAACAUAACCUUUAACGAAAUAUGUUUCCGACGAAGGAUCUAGGAAAGUCGGAUUACAUCAGUUUAAAUAUCCAAGAAAGUGCGACAUUCGCGCGAGGAUCGUCACGUAGCCUUUGGAGACAAUGGAAUCAAUUGUCAAGGUUUCAAAGAAAUAUCCUUUACUUCUUAGUCAUUACAAUCAUACUAGUUAUAUUUUAUCUGUUACCUGGUGAUAAUAAGAAUGGAGUUUUAGAUGAAAGUGAUUACAAUAAUAUAGAAGUAGUGCAAGAUACUCUUAAAUAUGAGAAGGCGGUGGAAGAUAUUGUAGUGGACAAUGUAAAUCAGGAGCAUAAGGGAGGUGGAGAGGUCAUCGAGGAACCUGAAUUCCAACCAGAAAUAAAUCAGGUGGAUGAUGAUCAAAUUGGAGAGCCACCUCAACCUAAGCCAAAUACACUUAAAUUUAGUGGACCACAAAAUAAUAGACAACAAGCUGUAGUUGCAGCGUUUAAACAUUCGUGGAAUGGGUAUAAAGAAUAUGCUUGGGGAUAUGAUAAUGUGAAACCAAUAUCAAAAAAGUACUAUGAAUGGUUUGGCUUGGGCCUUACUAUAGUCGAUUCUCUUGAUACUAUGUAUAUAAUGGGCUUAAAUAAUGAAUUUUUAGAAGCUAAAAUGUGGGUUGAGAAAAAUUUAGUAUUUACUUCAAAUAGAGAUGUUAAUUUAUUUGAAGUUACAAUUAGGGUGUUAGGAGGUCUAUUAUCAGCAUAUCAUCUUUCUGGUGAUAAAGUUUUCCUAAAUAAAGCUACAGCGUUAGGAGAACGUAUGAUGCCAGCGUUUUCUACUUCAUCUGGUGUUCCUUAUUCCGAUGUAAAUCUUGGUACUAAAACUGCACACGGUCCAAAAUGGGGUCCUGAUAGUAGUACAAGCGAAGUUACCUCCAUCCAGUUGGAAUUUCGCGAUCUAAGUCGCAGUACAGGAGAUCCUAAAUUUGAGGAAGCAGUAGCAAAAGUUUCGGAACAUGUGCACCAAUUAGAAAAAUACGAUGGUUUAGUACCCAUUUUCAUUAAUGCUAAUACUGGACAAUUUAGAGAUCAUGCAACAAUUACGCUUGGCGCACGUGGUGAUAGUUAUUACGAGUAUUUGUUGAAACAGUGGCUUCAAACUGGGAAGACAAUUAAUUACCUACGAGAUGAUUAUCUGUUAGGUAUUGCUGGAACUCAAAAACAUUUAGUAAAACGUACAGCCAUUAAUAAGUAUCUUUUCAUAGCAGAAUUAGUUGGAGCAAACAAAGAAAUAACACCAAAAAUGGAUCAUCUUACAUGUUACUUGGGAGGUACAUUAGCUUUAGGAGUACAUCAUGGUUUACCAUCUGAUCACAUGAAUUUAGCUAAUGAAAUUGUUAAGACAUGUUAUCAAACGUAUGCAAUUCAGCCCACGUUCCUCGCUCCAGAAAUCACUUACUUCAACAUUCAGAGUACAAAUGAAGAGAAACCAAUGGAUAUGUAUGUGAAGAUGAAUGAUGCCCAUAACUUGCUCAGACCCGAGUUUAUUGAAAGUCUUUUCUACAUGUGGUAUUUUACUGGAAAUAAAACAUUCCAAGACUGGGGAUGGCAAAUAUUUCAAGCCUUUGAAAACUAUACAAAAGUGGAAAAAGGAUACACCAGUAUUGGUAAUGUGAGGAUUGUUUAUAAUACACCACAAAAAGAUAUGACAGAAAGUUUUUGGUUUGCUGAAACUUUAAAAUACUUGUAUUUGUUGUUCGAUGACACGAGACAAUUAGUAGAUUUGGACAGAUGGGUAUUCAAUUCCGAAGGACAUCCAUUACCCAUGUACGAAUCAUAAUCAUAAUCAAAUCUGAUCACAAAAUUUCAUGUAUAAAUUUGCACUGUUAAAGAAAUCUUAACUACCUUUUGAGGCCAGUGGAUAGAUAUAUCCUAAUGUCAUACGCAAAUAAGAAAUUAGUCAAAUUAAUGUACUUUGAAGUACGAAAUAGAUGUGCAUUUUAGGCUAAUAAUCUUCUAGUUAUAGUUCUCAAACAUUACACUUUCACAAAAUCAUUUUUCAUGCGUUUUUCUA